AUGGGGAACCACUUGACUGAGAUGGCACCCACCACCUCCUUCUUGCCCCACUUCCAGGCCCUGCAUGUUGUGGUCAUUGGGCUGGACUCAGCUGGAAAGACCUCCCUUCUUUACCGCCUCAAGUUCAAAGAGUUUGUCCAGAGCAUCCCCACCAAAGGCUUCAACACAGAGAAGAUCCGGGUGCCCCUGGGGGGGUCCCGUGGCAUCACCUUCCAAGUGUGGGACGUUGGGGGGCAGGAGAAGCUUCGACCGCUCUGGCGCUCCUACACACGCCGGACAGAUGGCCUGGUGUUUGUGGUGGAUGCUGCUGAGGCUGAGCGGCUGGAGGAGGCCAAGGUGGAGCUCCACCGAAUCAGCCGGGCCUCGGACAACCAGGGUGUGCCUGUGCUGGUCCUGGCCAACAAGCAGGAUCAGCCCGGGGCACUGAGCGCCGCCGAGGUGGAGAAGAGGCUGGCGGUCCGGGAGCUGGCUACUGCCACACUCACCCACGUGCAGGGCUGCAGUGCUGUGGAUGGGCUGGGCCUGCAGCCAGGCCUGGAGCGCCUGUAUGAGAUGAUCCUCAAGAGAAAGAAGGCUGCCCGGGCAGGCAAGAAGCGACGGUGACCUGAGGCUGCCCCUCCUCACCAGUAGGGGUCUGUACACUUGGACAGCCAGGCGGAGCCUGUGGCCCCUCACUCAGUCCCAGGGUUCAGGACCUGCCCACCUCAAUGGAGGACCAAGAAGCACAACAGGGGUCCUGUUUGGGGGCAGCAUGGGGGGUGGGCGACGGGAGAUGGGAUGUGUUCUCACAUCUCUCCCUCAUCCUCACUUCUGGGGAAGUGGAGGCUGCAGGACUGUGGAGGCUUAAAUGUAAACUGACUCUACCUCGACCCUGUUUCCUGUUUUUCUUCUCUGGCUUUUUGAUUGGAUGUGUUUAGGGAUGAAGGAAAGUUGCUUGGCGAAUGCAUUUGGAAUAAAUGAGAACUAGCUCUUG